AUGUCUGGUAACGGCUCUUUCUCCCCCACCCGGAUACACUCAGUAGCAGGAACAGCAGCAGCAACAGUAACACGGGAUGCACCAGCCAAAGUGUACGCACGCUUGAGGCCCCUACAAUUGGGGGUCAUUGAGAAACUUGCGCACCCAGCGUACUCUGUUGCACAGGACGGCUCCCUUCUGCUUUCCAUUCCUAAUGAAAGUGGUGACCAGGCUGUAGAGACUGCAUCCUUCCGCCUCAACGGCAGGGUCUUUGCGGAAGAUGUCGGCACCACGACGAUCUUCGUGGAGGCCAUCCAGCCGCUUAUAAUACAGGCUACAGAGGGAAUAAGCAGUUUGGUGGUAGCCUACGGAAGCUCUGGCAGCGGCAAAUCUUAUUCUCUCUUUGGGACAUUGGAAGCCCCGGGGCUGAUCCCUUCGGCCCUCGGCGACCUAUUCGCACACAUCGCCUCAUACGACAAUAAGACGUCCGCAUUUUCAAAGCCUCAACCGACUCUAGCCAUCGCCGCAGCCUUUCCAGGGGUUGGGAAGACACAAUGGAAGGAGGGCCUCCCCAACGGUUCAUCUGGUAGCCCACCUUGCGGGGACCCUCCUGUGCGAAGCGAAUUCAACAUCCGCAUGUCUUAUGUAGAGAUACGUGGAGAGCAAGUAGGCGAUCUUUUCGUUGCUUGUGAGGGAUAUUCUCCCGGUCAGAGGAUUCCAACGGUGGCUUCUAAACACGGCGGUAGGCUAGCGGACAGCGGAGAGCUCGAAGGACUUAAGGAAGUUGACGUAGAGACUCUAGAGGCGGCCAUUGCUCUUGUCACUAAAGCCUCCGCAUUCAAGAAAGCCCGUGACGGGAUCUUGGGUGCCUCCGGAGCUCAUAGCAUUUUCCGCUUGUCUGUAGAGAGGGCUUUAUGCUUUCCUCGAGAAAAUUUAGCAGCAGCAGAAAGGCACCCUGAGGAGCAGGGUGCAAAGACGCACGACGGAAAGGAGCCUUACGUGAAAGAGGAGCCAAAGAAAUGCACACGACAAAACGCGAUGGUUUUGAAGGCGGAGGUGAUAUUUGUAGAGGCUGGAGGCGUCGAAACGCUGAUCGCGUUGCCAACUGAGGGGGAGGACCGCUUCAACCGCAGUCUCUUUUUUUUAACGGAGUGCCUUCUGCGCCUAGCGGAAGCUCCUUCUUCUCUUGAAAGCUUCAACUGGUCGUCCUCUGCUGCGACAACUCUUUUAAGGAGGCCUCUUCUUUCCCCCGGUCACCUAGCCGUACUCAUCACGCUAGACCCCUCAGACCGCUAUGUGCCCGUGUCUCUCCCAGUGAUGAAUUUCGCUUCUAGACUCUGCAACAUCAAGAGACAUAUCGAGCAGCAAACGAUUCAGCCACGCAAGUCACGACUCUUCGAAUUGCACCGUCUCGUCCUACAGCAGAGCGAACUCCUUCUUAUUUGCCUCUCUGCCCUCCGAAAGAAAACUCCAUGCGCCCUGAGGCAGAGAAGAGCCAGUGAGUGGUGGGCUCCAACGCAGGAAGAGCAAGUCAGAAGAGUUGCCCAUAUCCAGGAGGCCGUGAGGAACCUGCAAGCCAAGAUCCUGUUAUCGGGGUCCUCUGACUGGUCCCUAUUAGAGAGCUCACGCUUGACAAGACUAAUAUUUCUUAUGAAGCAUCUUGCUUCGAACCGAGAUUUUCUCCGCUAUGCGUUGGAAACGGAUGUCGCUUUAAGGGAGAAUGUUCCCCACUUGUCAUCUCCCCGCCCCUUCUCGGCCCGCAGGGACCCCUCUCCUCCGUCUCAGAAGCAUGUCUACCUGAAGACUAAGGAAAAGCCUACAACGUUCAUGAGCAUGCAUGACGUGGCCGUUCAACUCAAGUGUGCGCCUUCCGGAAAGGAGCAGCCGCAUUCAGACGAGCUCCUGAACCUCACGGGCUCUCUUUUCUGUCAACAACUGAGCGACCUGCGAGGGCCCCGCGGCAGCGGCGGUGCCCCAUAUCCUCGAGGUAGGGGCCUCUCCCCUGCAGUUAGGCAGCUGUUUGCGCACGAAGGCAUCGCGUCAUCCGAUGCCUCUAGAUCGGAACAGCACUUUAACGGGGAGGCGAUUCACCAUGAAGCUUCAAUCGCCCAGGAACCCCCCCGCCAACACGAAGGCAGGGCUGCAUCGGCAGCACUUCCUAUUGCCGUUGCAAGAACCCCCCCCACAUACAGCUACGAUCAGCAAGAAUCAGUCUUUGAGAGCCCCCUUGUUGCGGCGCACAAUGGCCCUGAGCUUGGCUGGGAAGAGGGAGCCGAGGCACCGCCGCAAGUUGAGGACCUAGAUGCUGCAGAGCACUAUGCCAAUGGAGAUGUUGACGGUGCUGAGUAUUUUGCGUCUUCUGAGCAUGCUGUGAAUUUCCUUACUCCUGAGGGCCUCCAGCUACAGACCGAUCAGCCUGGCUGGAUAGACAUGAGGGAGCAGAUGCCUCAUACGCCUCUUGCUCAAGAAAUGAUAGCAGCCCCCGACGAGCAAGAGGAGGCUGAACAGAGGUACUAUUUCAGUGUUGAAUGGAAAAUGCGAGCGGCGCCUCCCGAGGAGACCCUCGGAGAGCUGAAGGCAAAAGAAGAUGAUUCAGAAAAACCGCCUUCCAUUACUUACAAGGGCGUACGGAACGAAAGUGGGCCAUUAGCCAUUAGCCAGGCGCCCUUGAAGACGAAAAAAGACGUGACUAUGGCGGCACAGGACCAAAUCUAUCCGGGAGAUGAACAAACAGGAAAUCCUGAAGAGUCGCUAGCAGAGGAUUUCGAAGCCAAGGUCCUCGCAGAAAGCCCCCCAAAGAACUCAGAAGAAGGCGCCAACAGGAUGAGUACAGAGGAGACAUCACAGGAGGAAAGUCAAGUAGGAAUGAGAAAUAGCAGCAUAGCAACAUCCGGAAGCUCUAGUAAAGGCGAGAAGGUUGAGAAUUCUUUUCUCUCGAAGCCCCAUUUCCGUCUUCGAAUUUCCAGUAAGGAUAAGGACGAGGGGAACUCGAAGAAACUCCUCGAGAAGGCCUCAGCUUUGCGGAGCGAGGUUCUGGCCCUUAUUAAUCAAAGCUACAGCAAGGAGUCUUUAGAAGCUCCCAGAAGUGAUCCUCCUACGGAAAAGAGGGGCUCUGUCCCGAGGGGUGGAAUCCUUCGCCGAGGCAGCAGCAAAGAGAGCUCCACGUCUGAAAGUACUCGCCGCCGUUUUUCACCAGACCUGAAAAAUCAUUUGAAAGAGAAAUCCUCUGAUAUCCGCGGCGCACCGAGGCCCUCAAGCUCUCAGCCUGAGCCGCAGACGCGGCAGCACCAAAAAAACGGUCUGGAGGAACCCCACGGCCUCUGUUUGAAGCAGUGUGAGCCCCCGCCUUGCACCGUCUGCUGCGUGCAUCAUGCCCAUGUGCCCGUUUCUUGCGUCCAUGCUGGCGUUCCGUAUUGGGGCCUCCCAGCUCAGGAAGGACGGCUACCCAGCAACGACCAAGGGAAAGAGCAACCAUCAAGUCCCAUGCGCACCCCCACGGCGUGGCCUCAGGCCGUGGUGCUGCCCCCAGGCGUUUCAUGGGGGCCUACGGUUCUUGCAUCUCCGAUGGGAGAAGUUCCACUUUAUCUGCAAGGUGCCUCCACCGAGGCGCUUAAAGGCUCUGCGACAAAGGGUGACGUCGCACAGGGGGAUUCGCUGCUGCUGCUGCGUAGGAGCCCUCCCCAAGUCCCUCAGCUAACACCGGCUGACAGGCGUCUGCCCCGCUUCAAGGCCGCAAAAGGCGGGGCAUCCUGGGAAAUUCCUGGCCCGUCGCCGAAGGGGGACGCUACGGCAGCCGAGGCAGCCCCCGGCGAGUGCUGCACCUUCUGCUUGCCAGAAGAACCAGAAAAUCCCCGCCGUGCCUUUGAUACAAAAAGUGAUUUGCUGCUUCAGCAGACUCUGAGGCCGUGGACGCGGGAACGGCGGAGGCGCACAGUAGAAGGCCCCAAGAGCAUGUAUAAAGACGUCCGUAGCGCUCGCGGCAGAUAUACUGGGAAGCAAGGGAAAAGGGCUGGAGCUGAAGGCGCUUUGAGCGGUCCUGCUGAGCGCAGUUCAACGGCGGAAACCAUCUCCCCAGUGUGUUGUCUCCCGAAUUGGGGGCUGUUCCAGCGGCUUGGCAGGCCUGCGCGGCCUCCUCCAAGAGCCUUUCCCACAGCUGCACGCCUGCUGGGUGCUUCCAGCCGCCCCCCAUUGCCACGAUCCUGCUGGAUGCGGAUAAAGGGUAAAGGAGUCCUCUGCAGAAAAGAAAGCGACUCGGAAUCCUCGUCAGCAGGGCCCCCUUCCGCGACGGAGUCGAGUGUGACUCUGCGGCAAGCUGCGUCUCCUCGAGUUUACCAAAAUAGCAGUGCACCGGCUAUAGGCCCCAGCUCCCCAAGAGGCCACCCCCUGGAAACCUUGGAGACAAAGCUAAAGAGCUCUCCAAGAAAGAACCCGUUCCUUGUUGUGCCGAAUGCAGUGCAUCGCACUCCAACGGCCCCUGCAAUACAAAGACAACAGGAGGGGCACCACCACAAAGAAGUACAGGUCUCCCCUGCAACCUUUCCAACAUUACAGCAGGAGAAGAGACACAGAGAGAUUCCACCCCUAUCUGCUCGAAUGCUCUCGAAUACUCCAGACCCCUCUUCGGGGCAUCGACUCCCGGAAAUUGCUGGAGAACCCACAGCACACUUGGAGGGCACUCCUGCAGGCACUGCCACUUGCUCGUCCCCAAAGAGGACCUCUGUUCAGAGGCCUCCCCUGGGUGCCCAGCCGACGAAUAAACAGUCAGUCCCCAGGCAGUCUAGCAUCCCAGCCAAUUGCUCCCGUAACGCCGCCUACCUAGAGGGCCCCUACCGGGGACCCCAAAUGCAAUCUGCAGCCCCGCCUUCCUUCCGGUGGGUUUCCAGACCUUCUCCUUUCCCAGCAGCAAGACGUGCCUUCACGCCUAGAGACGAAUAUGUCUCCAAGGCGAUUCCAAGCUUGCGACAGGAGGGAACCCCAGGGACCGGUGUGGCCGUCACUGCUCUUCCAAACUUUUGGAGGCCCGCUGAGACAGAGCAGCCGCCCAAUUGUCGUCUUUUCUGUGCCACUGAUACGUGUGGAGGCGCUUCAGCGGAGCCCUUGGCCUCUGCCACACCAGCAAGAAUUGUUAACAUUGUUUCGAGGACGCGGGGGGGAAUCCCCAUGGACUUGGAACUUGGAAGGGAAAAAUGCAGGACCGUCUACCCUCCAGAGAAACCCUUGAACAUUCCUGCAGAUAACCCAGAAGCACGAGCCCCCGUAGAGCCCGGAGGCUUGCCUUAUGGAGGAGCCUUGGAUGACACGAGGCCGAAUACGUGGACGCCGCAGCAGGCCCCCCACCCAAUGUGCUGCGGAGAAAUUCCCGCUGCAUUAGUGCCUGGGCAGGUGUGGGCACGACCACUCUUCCUCCCUGCUAACACGAAAGAGACUGGGGUGGCCUGGGAAUCCACAAGACCUCGAACACCGGCAGCGUACUAUGCCAACCUGCCAGCAAUGCCAUGGGGGCCGCAAAUCAACCCUGGAGCCCUAAAAAGUCCGGAUAAGGCGGUCCUCACUUCACCUCGCAACGUCUCAGGAACCCCCGGUGCGCUUCGGAGCUCCUCCGUGGGGCCACCUCAGGUGCGUAGAGAUCCUUCAGGAUCUCACAGCGCUGCCCCGCUAAUGGGGCCAGUGCCCAGUUUCACGGAGGGGACCCCUGCGGUACCCUCUCAGGGCUUCCGUGCCGGCCUUGGAGAGGAAGGAGAAGCAAAUUGUUUCGAAGAAUGCUUAGACUUUUGGAAUGAAAGAGUUGGCCGGUUCUACGCACGGAGACCGAAAAUGGGAGCUAAAGAGAGGCAUUUGUCGCGUGGUCCCCCUAACAAAAGAGCCACCGUUACAUCAGGUGAGGAAACGAGGUGUCCCAGUCCAGCAACAAAGGGGAAAAAGCAAUGUGGGCCUCCCUACAGCUGUGCGAUCAGCACUGCGUUUGGAAUAGGUGCUCAAUAA